ACAAAAUGAACUUAACCUAACAUUGAAAAGUAAACAUUGUAACAAAAACAAAAAGAAAUAGUAAGAAUCAUUGCACAGAACAUUUAAUAUAUUUCUAUUUGUAUUUAUAAUGACUUUCAUGGCCAAUUUAGAUCCUUCAACGGGGUAUUCUAUGGAGUUAAGACUUUAUCGAAAUGUUACAAAUGUUCCAGAAUUGAGGCAAAAACUCAUGAAAGGCGAACUGAAAUGUGCUGUAAUAAAACCCAGUUUAAUAGCGGAUCCUUUUCAAAUCGUCGUGGCGGCAAACAAAGCAGUUCUUGCAGAGAAAACUACGACUAAAUCAUUGUCUACAGAAGUAUUAUUCAACUUAUCAAUUUCCACUAACAUCACACAAAGUCUUAUCAAAUUUGGAAUUGAUGACAAGGAAACAGAUUUGCUAGUUCUUAUAUUGAAAAAAGGCAAUGAAGAAAAUAAUAGCUUCAAGGAAAUUGAUGGAGAAGAAUGUGAUAUUAGUGAACUACAAAAACUUGCUGAUUUAAAAACAAUAAAGAAGAAUUACAAGAUAUCUGAUGAAGAACUAAAAGUUUCUAGCUUAAUUGACUCUAUAGUAACGAGAAUUAGCGUUAAGGAAUUUGUGUCUGUAUAAUAAAGUACAUUUACACCA